AUGUUCAAAAGACCUCCUGUUCCUAAAUUUCAUGAAGAAUGCAAUACUCCUAAAAGAAAUUAAGACAUGUAUGAAUUGAUUUCAGACAUUGUUUUCAAAAUGAAUCUUAAUGAUGAAGUAGAAAAAAAAUCAAUCUCCAUUUUUAAUGUUUUAUCCAUUCCAAAUUCAUAUAUGCAUGCAUAAGCUUUGGUCUAUUGUGCCAUGAAUGAGUUACAAUAUAAGGUGCCUGAAACUGAUGAAAAGCUCAUAUACUUGGCUAAAUGUAUUUAAUAACAAUAUUCAUCUUUGAUUACAACUCUUUGUCAGAAACUUAAAAUAGAUUCAAAAGCUACUACUGUUUGUGUUACACUUUUGAGAUAAAUAUAGCCUCUCGUUUAAAAAUUACCAAAAUCUCUUUAAAAUGCUAUUGCAGUAAAAAUAGCCACUGAUAUCAUAUAUCUAAAAUAAGGUGGUAUCAAUAUCAAGUUAAUUGCAUACUAAGCUAAUAUAACUCCUGAAUAGUUGCAUAAUAGCAUUAAUAGAAUCAGACCAUUUGCUUUCUAAAUCAUUUAAGAUCUGUUCACAUAUUUUAAUCAUCAUUCUAUUUGA